AUGCCUCCCAAGAAGGCCGAUCAGCCUAAGAAGAAGAAGGCCACCGUUGAUGAUAAGUCCUUUGGCAUGAAAAAUGUACGUCACACCCUCGAUUCGAAGUCUUUGAAAAGCGAGCCCGCUCGCGCUAUAGCCCAACAUGUCCUAACGCUCAAUAAAGAAAAAGGUGGUGCCGCCAAGAAGCAGAUCCAACAGCUGCAAGCACAAGCCGCAAGCAACAAGAACCUAGACGAGAAGAAGAAGGCCGCCGAAAAAGAGAGGCGUGAGGCCGAGAAGGCGGCCGCUGAGCGGGCCAAGAAAGAGAACCUUGAGUUGUUCAAGCCCGUGCAGGUCCAGAAGGUCGCCUUUGGUGUUGACCCGAAGACUGUCCUCUGUCUUUUCUUCAAGCAGGGUCACUGCGAGAAGGGCCGGAAGUGCAAAUUCUCACACGACCUCAAUGUCGAGCGCAAAGCAGCCAAGAAGGAUUUGUACACCGAUACCCGUGAUGAGAAGGCCGACGAAGAAGAGAAGAAGCAGAAGGAUACCAUGGACGACUGGGAUGAGGAGAAACUACGCAGUGUUGUUUUGAGCAAACACGGCAACCCACGCACAACCACCGACAAGGUGUGCAAAUUCUUCAUCGAAGCUGUGGAGAACCAGAAAUAUGGUUGGUUCUGGACUUGUCCAAACGGAGGAAACAAGUGCAUGUACAAGCACAGCUUGCCACCAGGAUUCGUUCUGAAGACCAGGGAGCAAAGAGCCGCCGAGAAGGCCCUCAAGGACAAGUCGCCCUUGAACACUCUCACCCUAGAGGACUGGCUCGAUUCCGAGCGUCACAAGCUGACUGGCACGCUCACGCCCGUCAACGAGGAGACCUUCGCCAAGUGGAAGAAGGAGCGUAUGGACAAGAAGGCCGCCGAGUUCCAAGCACAGCAGGCUAAGGAGGCUACUGGUCGUACACUGUUCGAGAGCGGAAACUGGGCUGAUGAGGAUAGUGAGGCUGAGGAGGGCGAGGACGAGGAUGGAACCUGGAACUUGUCAGUCAUGCGACGAGAGACCGAGAGGCUGCGUGAACAGAAGGAAGAGGAACGUCUGCUCAAGCUCGGUGGUGGGGUGCUGCCCACAAGCAUACCCACAAGUAUACCCGAAGCUGUCUCACCUGAACCUGUGGGUUGA